AUGAUUCACAAAUCAUCCCUUCAAAUUCAAUCUAUGGCGUGGACAAAUUAUUCAUUAACCGAAAAAAAAAUAAAAGAUCUGACUAAGAGAACAAACACAAUCAAAAAUCAAAUACAAAAAAUUCUAAUUAUAAAAGACAAGAAAAACGAAUUUCUAACUCAAGAAAUAAAUAGUAGUUCUAACAAAAUAAGUUAUCAGGAUAAAAUAUUAGAAUCAUCAAAAAAAUUUUGGCAAAUAGUAAAAAGAAGAAAUAUUCGAUUAAUCCGGAAAUUCUAUUUUUUUAUAAAUUUUUUCAUUGAAAAGAUAUACAUGGAUAUUCUUCUAUAUAUCAUUAAUAUUCCAAGAACCAAUACCCAACUUUUUCUUGAAUCAACAAAAAAAAUGAUUGAGAACUUCAUUCACAAUAAUGAAGCAAAUCAAGAAAGAAUUAAUAAAACAACUAAAAAUACAACUCAUUUUAUUUCAACUAUAAAAACCUCACUUUCUUCACUUUCUAAUAUUAGUAUUAGAAAUAAAAAUGAAAAAGCUUUUUGUGACUUAUCCUCCCUCUCACAAGCAUAUGUAUUUUACAAAUUAUCACAAACCCAAGUUAUUAGUUUUUAUAAAUUCAAACCUAUCCUUCAAUAUCAUGGAACAUCUCUUUUUCUUAAAAAUGAAAUAAAAGAUUAUUUUGAAGAACGGGGAGUAUCUCAUUCCAGAUUAAGACAUCAUUAUGGGUUAAGACAGAAAAUUGUUUGGCAUUCUGGAAUGAAUGAAUGGAAAAACUGGUUAAGGAGUCGUUAUCAAUACGAUUUAGUUCAGAAUAGAUGGCUAAAAUUAGGACCAGGACAAUGGCGAAAUAGAGUCAAUCAACACUAUCUGGCUCAAAAUAAACAUUUAACAAAAUGGGAUUCAGAUGAAAAAGAAAGAUUAAUUCAUUACGAAAAAAAAUGAUUUUCAAGCGAACUCAUUACUAACUCAAGAAUAUAAACUGAAUCAAGAACAAAAAUAUAAAAAAUCUAAUUUUAAAAAACACUAUGGAUAUGAUUUUUUAUCAUAUAAAUCUAUUAAUUAUCAAGAUAAGAGGGACCCGUAUGCUUAUGGAUCACCAUUCCAAGUAAAUAAGAGGGAAGAGAGUUCUUAUCAUUACAACAUGGAUAAACAAAAUUUUUUUGAUACACUGAGGGAUAUCCCCAUCCAUAAUUAUCUAGGAGAAGGCGAUAUCCUAGAUGCUAUGGGGAAUUUUUCGCACAGAAAGUUUUUUAAUUGGAGAAUUCUUGAUUUUUGUCUUAGAAAUAAGGUCGAUAUUGAGUCCUGGGUCGAUACCAGUACCAAGAGUAAGAAAAAUAUUAAGACUGUGGUUAAGAAUUAUCAAAUAAUUGAUAAAAUGGACCUUUUUUAUUUCACAAUUUAUCAAGAUCAAGAAAGCAACCCAUCCAAUAAAAAAGGAAGCCAUUUUGAUUGGAUGGGACUGAAUGAAGAAAUACUAAGUCAUCCUAUACCGAAUCUAGAACUUUGGUUCUUCCCAGAAUUUGUGCUGCUAUAUAAUGCAUAUAAGGUUAAACCAUGGAUCAUACCAAUAAAAUUACUUCUUUUCAAUUUUAAUGGAAAUAGGAACAUUAAUAAAAUAUUAUUGAAAAUAAAAAAAGGGACUCCCUUAUAGCACCAAACGAAAAACAAAUUAUUGGAUUAGAGAAUCGAAAUCAAGAAGAAAAAGAACCCAUAGGUGAAGGGGGUCUUGUAUCAGAUGCACAAAAACAAGGAAAUUUUAAAUCCGUUCUCUCAAACCAAGAAAAAGAUGUUGAAGAAGAUUAUGAUAAAUCAGACAAAAAAAACGUAGAAAGAAAAAGCAAUACAAGAGCAACACGGAAGCAGAGCUUGAUUUCUUCCUAAAAAGGUAUUUGCGUUUUCAAUUGAGAUGGGAUGAUUCUUUAAAUCAAAGAAUAAUCAAUAAUAUCAAAGUAUAUUGCCUCCUGCUUAGACUGAUAAAUCCAAACGAAAUUGUUAUAUCCUCUAUUCAACGGGGAGAGAUGAAUCUGGAUAUUUUGAUGAUUCAGAAGGAUUUAACUCUUAGAGAA